AUGUAUCAGGGCGGCCAGAGACAUGUCUCGGCCAACGAUGGCACCCGAGCCUUUCCUCCUCCGCCUCCCAUCUCGCCGCCCAUGGCCGGAACUCCCAUGAACAACAUCAUGGGCAUCCCCCCGCCGCCUCCCCCGAGAUACCCCUCCGCCGCCUCCGCAAACGUCAUCCCGCCUCCUCCCGGUCCUCCCCCCGGACCUCCUCUCGCCAGCGCCGCCGCCCUUGGUCAGCCGCCGUCGUGGCGCGGCAACUACGGACGCAUGUACGAGACACACGGCCCUCUCUCUCUGCCGCUGCCGCAUCCUUCCAGCCAGCACCAGCCCUACAACCCCAAUAAGUUCCACGCCCACAUGGCCGCCGGUCAGUCCUUCGCCAUCCCGCCGCCGCCUCGGCCGAGCGAUGCGAUGAGCGCCACAUAUAUCCCCACGGGCGAGACAUACGGCGAGGGCGUCGGCAUCCCGGGCUUCGGCGUUGGCGAGUCCACCAUGUCCUCGAGCACCCUGAGCUCCUGGCACGGCGUCGCGUCCCAGAGCGGCACCGACACAAACACCACGACGCCCCUCGACGACGCCGGCACCAGGGACAGGCUCUACAUGGCCUCCCACUCGAGGGGCCUGUCUAAUGCCUCCAGCUCCGUCGUCAGCAGUUCCGUGCAUCCAGACACAAUAGCGCAGUGGCCCCUCGACACCGUCCUCAUCUGGCUGGCCCAUAACCAGUUCUCAAAGGACUGGCAGGAGACAUUCAAGGGGCUAAACCUGCACGGCCUCCAGUUCCUCGAGCUGGGCAGCCUGCAUGGCGGCCGCGGCAACUUUGGCAUGAUGCACCAGAAGGUCUAUCCGCGCCUGGCCCAGGAGUGCGCCAACAGCGGCACCGGCUGGGACCAGCCACGCGAGCGCGAGGAAGGGAAGCGCAUGAGGCGCCUCAUACGCGGCAUUGUCACCGGCAAGUCUGCGGACCAGUCCAAAAUGACGAACUCUCAUGCCCGCAAAGAAUCGCUCACGGCUGGCCAUGGAAACAACCUGCCCAGCGCCGGUACUGACCCGGCAGACUCGCCCAAUACUCUCAUGAACACGUCCGAAACCAGCUUCUCCGCCCGGCGCUACUCUCAGUCACAGUCGCGGUCCACGACUCUGCCCACCCUCAACAACGGCACCAUGAGCUCCGACGCAAGCCAUCGCUUGGCCCUCAAGCACGUCGACACGGAGACCGGCAGGCGGCUCAGCCCCAUUACCAACAGCCCUGGCGGCAGCCCGGGUCCCCAGUCGGCCCUCUUUCCCUCGGUCACGACGCCGAUCCUGUCAGCCUCGACCCCCGGAUCCGCCAAGUUUGGACACCGUUCCCGCAACAGCACCGACUCGGUGUCCUCGAGCGCCGCGAUUUACGGGUCCGGGGUUCCCACCGAAGCUGCGGCGAUGCUCGCUCGGGGCAUGAGCCUCGGCGAAGUCAUGGCGGCGGGGAGGCAUCCUCCCGACGCACGUUCCAAGAAUUCGUCUCUUGACUUUGGUGACAGGUCGGCUGGCCUGGAUGGCCCCGCCUCGGCCAAGGACUCCAAGAGCUUCCUCAGCUUUCUCUCGCGCCGUAAGCGAGCGACGAAAGAAGAUGGAUCCUUUCCGUCUCCAGACGACUUUGACUCUCCCGAAUCGCCCAACACCACGCACAAGCCUACGUCACUGGGCUACCGCGCUGCAGGCGGCAGCGAUACCCACCUAGACCCGCCCGGGUCGAGCUUUGGUGUCAAGGACGGCAACGACUUUGCACCGCACCAAAAGGUCAAUCGAGCCAGUACCGUCAAGACGUAUGUCUUGGCUACCAUGGACCACUGGAACUACCGCAUGUGCGACAUCACCGAUGCGGAUUCGGCAGGAGAGAUUCGCCAAGCCAUCUGUGCGAACCUGGGCUUGGCCGAAUCUGAACAGUUGUUGAUUUACGCGACGGAACUCGGGAAUUUCGAUCACAGAGAGCCUCUGGACGAUCAGCAGCUCCUUAUCAAUAAGCGGGUCAGGGCUGACUCUUCGGGAACGCUCAAAUUCUUCGUUGCCUCUGGAAGUGGUCCGGGCUCCAGAGUAGCCAGCGGAGUGCCCGCGUCUCUGUCUCCUGGAUAUCUGCCCCCGGGCAUGGAUGAGGAGGCUUAUGCACGCCUCAAUGGCCGGCAUCGAUCGAGCUCUUCGCCACCGACGUCCCGGUCAAACACCCUGUCAGGAGACAGGAUGGACGAGAAAACCCUGGCUCAGGAGGCCAGCGAGUACAGAGCCGAGAUUGAGCGGAAACAACGCGAAUAUCUGGCUAAGAGAAAACAAGCGAAUAAGAGGGAAAGUCCUACAGCGCUAGAGCUUGCUGCAGGAUACGGAAUCGUCGGCCGGAAUGUGGACUUUGACCAGCCGCGGAAUUCGCCUUUCGAAGACAAGAAGCCAGACCAGCUCUUCCCGCAGAGGAAACCGCCUGCGCCUCCCAGCGACCCUUCCGCGACCCUGAUCAAGGCCAACUCGUUGAGCAGGAAAUCCGGUCAGAGCUUUUCGGCACUGGCCGGAGGCCACGAUGGCCAUCCCCCCCUGAGGCGCCCACCGUCGACCCCGGCUGGAGACAGCGGGGGCCUAGACUCAGGCCUGAAAUCUAAAUACGCGUCCCAGUCCUCCGGUGCCGCGGGCUUCAUCGGCGCCGCACUGGUAGGUAUGGGCAGAAACCUGGGCGCCAUCGGGCAGUCGUCUGUCGGCGGGGCCCGGGCAGGGUCGCCCAGCGCAAACAUGUCUCCACCGGUGGCUCCCGCCAAUGGCGGCGGUGUUCAGCAGUCAGGUAAGAGGGCAAUGUCCAGCGUUCAAUCCGGCCAGCAGGGCUGGGAUAAAGGCAGCCCCAAGACGUCUGGCUCGCCGGACUACUCGCCUGGGGGCACACCUCUGGUGGCGGUGCAAACGCCAGACAGUGGAACAAGUGCUAAACAGCGUGAUGCAGGGCAUCGCCCGGCGACCCCAGGCGACCUGAGUCCGAAUUCGACCCACUCGCGGGCAACGACGGGCUCCAACGACGCGUCCUCGCGGCGAAAGUCGCACGGGCCAGACCUAGACUUCAAGGAGUCCAACGUCAGCUUUUCCAAGUCGACGCCGCCGUCUCGGCCGGGGAGGCAGCGGAAUCAGCCGGACGACGACAGCGAUGACGACUCCGACGAUGGCUUGUUCGCCAUUCCGCUGGCCGGCAGGAACAAGGGCAAGGCUGCCGCGAGCGGCGGCGACCAGGCCAGGGACGCAUCGGGUCAUACUCAGCGACCGAGCUUGACGCUCAACACAUCACGGUCCAGGGGCAAGCAGCUGUCUGUGUCUUUUACGUCGCCGCAAUCGCUCGGGAGCGCCGUGACCGCCGAGAGCGCCGACGGCAACACAGGUGCCGGGAGCGGUUCACGGAGAACACCGGCGACUCCCGGCUCCGAGGGAUGGGACUCGGAAGACAAGGAAAGCAAGAUUAACAGGCGCAAGUCGUUUAUCGAGAAGGAUGUCUGGGCGAAUCGGCCCCCUACAGACGACCUUCUCAACAACCUCGACGACUUCUUCCCGAAUCUGGAUCUGGAUCAGCCUGUGCUCGAGGAUAGCUUGAACGGAGACUCUGGCUCAAUGGCAUCACCGUCGCGGCAGUCGUCGAUGUAUAGCGACGCCGAUACCCUGGGCUCGGACGAGUCGACGCUCAAGGCAUCGGAGCAGCAGCGUACCAACGCGUCCCACUCGGUUGCACACCGGAGCCUGCGACGUUCGGGUGGGCUGGGACGCAUGAAGUCGAUCCGCGAGGUGGCGCGCGGCGCGCACGAAGCCAACAAGAGGUACACGAGCGCCUCGCAGAGCGUGGACAAGACGGCCACCAACAUCAUGCGGCGCAAGAGCACCAAAAUGUUCAACGCCAACAUUGUGCAGAUCCGGCCGGACCAGCGCGGGAGCAUGGUGAUGCCGCAGAUACCGCAGGACACGCUGCCCAAGCGGCAGACGACGUUCCGGUGGUUCAAGGGCCAGCUCAUCGGCAAGGGUACGUACGGCCGCGUCUACCUCGGCAUGAACGCGACGACGGGCGAGUUCCUGGCGGUCAAGGAGGUCGAGGUCAACGCCAAGGCGGCGGGAGGCGACAAGAGCAAGAUGCGGGAGAUGGUCGGGGCGCUGGACCAGGAGAUUGACACGAUGCAGCACCUGGACCACGUCAACAUUGUGCAGUACCUGGGGUGCGAGCGCAAGGAGACGAGCAUCAGCAUCUUUCUCGAGUACAUCUCCGGUGGCAGCAUCGGGUCCUGCCUGCGCAAGCACGGCAAGUUUGAAGAGUCGGUGGUGUCGUCGCUCACGCAGCAGACGCUGUCCGGGCUGGCGUAUCUGCACCGAGAGGGCAUUCUGCACAGGGACCUCAAGGCGGACAACAUCCUACUGGACCUGGACGGCACGUGCAAGAUUAGCGACUUUGGCAUCUCCAAGAAGACGGACAACAUCUACGGCAACGACAAGAGCAACUCGAUGCAGGGGUCGGUGUUUUGGAUGGCGCCCGAGGUGAUUCGGUCUCAAGGGGAGGGGUACAGUGCCAAGGUGGACAUUUGGAGCCUCGGGUGCGUGGUGCUCGAGAUGUUUGCCGGGCGGCGGCCGUGGAGCAAGGAGGAGGCGGUCGGGGCCAUUUACAAGAUUGCCAACGGGGAGACGCCGCCGAUCCCGGAGGACAUCCAGGAGACGAUCGGGCCGCUGGCGGUGGCGUUUAUGAUGGACUGCUUCCAAGUAAACCCUUUUGACCGACCGACGGCAGACGUGCUGCUCUCGCAGCACCCAUUCUGCGACCUGGAUCCCAACUACAACUUUUUCGACACGGAGCUCUAUACGAAGAUCAAGGAGACUUAUAAAAACCAGUAG